AUGUUCAUCCAGACCGAGCGGACCCCGAACCCGGCGACAUUGAAAUUUCUGCCCGGAGAGGCGGUGAUGUCGUCUGGGACUGCGGACUUCCGCGAUGUCGAAUCGGCGGAACGUUCCCCGUUGGCGCGGCGACUGUUUCAGAUCGAGGGCGUCACCGGGGUCUUCUUCGGCGGCGACUUCGUCUCGGUCUCCAAGUCCGACGACGCCGAUUGGCAAAUGCUGAAACCCGUGAUCCUCGGCGUAAUCAUGGAGCACUUCGUUGCGGGUCAUCCGCUUCUCCUCGACGAUGCCGCGCAGACGGCAGAGGCGGAGGCGGACGACGGCGCCGAUGCGGAGAUCAUCGCUCAGAUCAAGGAGCUCCUCGAUACCCGAGUACGGCCGGCCGUGGCGCAGGACGGCGGUGACAUCACUUACCAGGGUUUUCAAAACGGCAUCGUGAUGCUUCAGCUGCAGGGGUCGUGUCAGGGCUGCCCCAGCUCGACCAUGACCCUGAAAAUGGGCAUCGAGAACAUGCUGAAACACUACAUCCCGGAAGUCGUGGAGGUACGCGCCGUCUAG